GGGAGCGCUCGCCUACGGGGCCCGGGGAGGGCGGCGGCGGCCGGGCGGCUGUGCUCGGCGCCCCGGGGGCCGGAUGGGAGCCGGGCUGCUGCUGGGAACGCUGCUGGUGCGGGCGCGUCACUGCUUGGGGCCGGCCCCACCGUGGGGACGGGGAGCGGCGGCCGGCGGCGCCCGGGCCUGCAGUUCCGCGCCCGCCCGGGACGGCCUCGAGGGCCCGGCGCGCCGGCGGUCCUACUGGCGCUACGUGCGGCGUCUGGUGCGGGGCGCGCCCGAGCCGCCGUACCGGCGCGUGUGCCAGGUCGGGGACCCGGCGCUGCGGGCCGUGGCGGCCCCUGUGGACCCGGCGCAGCUGGCGGGGCCCGAACUGCAGAUGCUGGUGCAGAGGUUGGUGCAGGUGAUGCGGCGCCGACGCUGCGUGGGCCUGAGCGCUCCGCAACUCGGGGUGCCGCUGCAGGUGCUGGCUUUAGAGUUCCCCGAGGCGUUCUUCCGCGCCUGCGCGCCGCCCCUGCGCGAGGCCCGCCAGAUGGAGCCCUUCCCCCUGCGCGUGUUCGUGAACCCCCGCCUGCGGGUGCUAGACAGCCGCCUGGUCACCUUCCCUGAGGGCUGCGAGAGCGUCGCCGGCUUCCUGGCCUGCGUGCCCCGCUUCCAGGCCGUGCAGAUCUCAGGGCUGGACCCCAAAGGGGAGCAGGUGGUGUGGCAGGCAAGCGGAUGGGCAGCCCGUAUCAUCCAGCACGAGAUGGACCACUUGCAGGGCUGCCUGUUCAUUGACAAAAUGGACAGCAAGACGUUUACAAACAUCUACUGGAUGGAGGUGAAUGAUUAAAAUUUUCCUGCUGCAUCUGAGGAUUCUGGAAAUGAAAACACAAACACUUCGGAUUUGAGCUGGGCAUGGCUUGCCUGUUAUCAACUUGAUAUUGGGUUGGCUCUGACAGAAAACAGAAUUGCCAAACCAGGUUGGAGGAAUAUAUAAAAAAUGUUUACCCUGAAAUCAUCCAUAGACAAAACACUGCCUUCAACGUGAAAAGAAAAUGAACUCCCCCAAAGAGUAGACAUUUCCUGAUGAUUUUGUGUGGUAAAAAGUGGGGCAAAUAGGGCGCCUGGGUGGCUCAGUUGGUUAAGCGACUGCCUUCGGCUCAGGUCAUGAUCCUGG